AUGUCAGUGGGCAGGCUCCCGACUGAGGCAGACGACAAGGAAUCCAAGACGGCCAGAGCAAUUGCCACACCCUUAAUCGGAUUCUCGGAUGAAGACAAACUGGGAACCUUUCAACCCCACGAUGAUGCCCUAGUCGUCACGCUCAAAAUUGGAGGUUAUAACGUGAAGAGGGUGCCAGUUGAUCAAGGUAGUGCCGUGGAAGUAAUGUAUCCCGACUUGUAUAAAGGAUUGAACCUGAAGCCAGAGGACCUGUCGGCAUAUGACUCCCUUUUGGUCAGUUUUGAAGGAAAAACCAUCACCCCGAAAGGCCUGAUUAGGCUGCCUGUACAAACAGAUUCAGACAUGGUGGAUGUGGACUUCAUUGUGGUAGACGCAUACUCCCCCUACACAGCCAUUGUGGCUCAACCGUGGCUUCAUGCACUAGGAGCUGUGUCAUCAUCCCUACACCAAAAAGUGAAGUAUCCGUCAAGAGGUCGAGUGAAAGAAGUAAUAGGGAACCAAGAGAUGGCCCGACAAUGCAUGGUGUCAGCAAUCUCAUGA